UUGAUUGUGUUCUGGUCUUCUUUCAAUCCACUUUCCCCAUCUCCAAAAUUCUCCUGCCAUACAUGAUAAUCACAGAAUCCGACAAUUACCCAAUUAAAUUCACAUCCGCUUCUAUCGAACCCUCACAAAGAGUUGUUGUCUUGGUUCUUCUAUGAACUGCUAAAGCUUAUCCUCUCUACAAUAACGUAGCUUUAUUCUUUCCCCCCAAUUCCUGGGGAAAUUCUCGACACUCAUGGUCAUGGCUGCUGUUCUUAGAUCUAAACCCUCCAAAGAAACGGCCUCUCAAUUUAGGUACUUCGUGUCCAAUUACAUGCACGCAGGUAUGAUGGCAGGCGCUCACUCUGUGCACCGCACCAAAUGGGACGACCGCUUCACUGGUGCGCCUUACCACUUCACCUCUUUCAAGUCCGUCUCUUUACGCUGUGAACUCGUUGAAAAGGUUACACAAUUCAAUGAGAGCGGCAGGGUUACUCACAAUCUUGGAAGAAAUUCGGAUGGGAAUUGGAGCGAGAAAUUGAGGGAUGGUUGUGGUGCAUUGAGCUCUUAUGGGGAACCACCGGAGGUUUGGCAGCCUCCUGGGUAUGUAGUUUCGGCUCGUCUGAGCGAUUCAGGUGCUAGUCUGGUUCGUGAAAGAAGAACGAGCACCGGGUCUGGAGGAGGGUUCGGGUCGAAUUCAAAGGAUGAGUGUUGGGGUGGGUCAAAUUUGGGGAAUGGUUUUCCAACGCCAAAGGAGAUUUGUAAGGGACUGGACAAGUUUGUUAUUGGGCAGGAGAAGGCAAAAAAGGUGCUCUCUGUGGCAAUUUACAAUCACUAUAUGAGGAUAUAUUAUGAAUCAAUGCAAAGGCCUGCUGGAGAUUCAGGUGAUGAAAAAGCAGAGGCUAUGGAUGAUGAUAAAGUUGAGCUUGAGAAAAGUAACAUUCUUCUGAUGGGGCCAACAGGCUCAGGGAAAACAUUACUCGCAAAAACCUUGGCGCGGUUCGUAAACGUACCCUUUGUUAUUGCAGAUGCAACUACAUUGACUCAGGCAGGAUAUGUGGGGGAAGAUGUAGAGUCCAUAUUGUACAAGUUACUUGUGGUUGCUGACUACAAUGUGGCUGCUGCCCAACAAGGCAUUGUCUACAUUGAUGAAGUUGACAAAAUUACCAAAAAGGCCGAAAGCCUUAAUAUUAGCAGAGAUGUGUCUGGGGAGGGUGUUCAGCAGGCAUUAUUGAAAAUGCUGGAAGGAACAAUUGUUAAUGUUCCAGAGAAGGGAGCUCGAAAGCAUCCUAGAGGUGACAAUAUUCAGAUUGAUACAAAAGAUAUUCUCUUCAUUUGCGGCGGUGCUUUCAUCGACUUGGAUAAAACAAUUUCUGAAAGGCGUCAAGAUUCUUCUAUUGGGUUUGGUGCUCCAGUACGUGCAAACAUGAGGGUGGGUGGCAUUACAAGUGCUGCUGUUACUUCAUCUUUGUUGGAAACUGUUGAAAGUAGUGAUCUAAUUUCAUAUGGUUUGAUACCUGAAUUUGUUGGAAGAUUCCCCGUCCUUGUCAGUUUAUCAGCUCUUACUGAGAGUCAACUUGUUCAGGUCCUGACUGAACCUAAAAAUGCCUUGGGGAAGCAAUACAGGAAGAUGUUCCAAAUGAAUGGCGUGAAGCUGCACUUCACUGAGAAGUCUUUAAGAUUAAUUGCAAGAAAAUCAAUAAGCAAAAAUACGGGGGCUAGGGGUUUGCGUUGUAUAGUAGAAAAUAUAUUGAUGGACGCAAUGUAUGAGAUUCCUGAUGUCAGAACAGGUGAUGACAUAAUAGAUGCUGUUGUUGUUGAUGAAGAGGCUGUUGGAUCUGAGGGACGUGGUACCGGAGCUAAAAUUCUUUAUGGGAAAGGGGCACUGGGUCGUUAUCUUUCCGAACAAAAAUUAAAAGACGAGGUAACUGUAGAGAGAUCUGAGAGGGAACCUGAAGUGGAAUCAGAGCUUCAAACUGUAGUAGCUAGCAUGUAACAUUGCGGUUGAAUUUGAUUGUGGUGUCUCUCUCAUCAACCUUGUACAUAAUAAGUUCACAUUAAUUUAAUAAUUUGAAUGUGCAAUUACACGACAUUGUAUAAUUCCUGAUAUAAUUAAUCGAAUUGGGCAGCAGCAGCAAAUCCCAAUAAGUA